AUGAGCGAGACUCCUUCCACGAGUUUUUCCACCAUCCACCGAACUUCUGAAGGUCAAGUUUCUUCCCGCCGCCCCUUGAGCAUCGCCCAUCCUGUGGUGGCCAAACGCAUCAGCUUCUAUAAGAGCGGGGACCCCCAGUUCGGAGGGGUCAGGGUGGUGGUCACCCCGCGUUCCUUCAAAACCUUUGAUGCUUUGCUGGAUAACUUGUCCAGGAAGGUGCCCCUGCCCUUCGGGGUGAGGACCAUCAGCACGCCCCGGGGCCGCCACCACAUCACGAGGCUGGAGGAGCUGGAGGACGGCGAGUCCUACGUGUGCUCGCACGGCCGCAGGGUGCAGCCGGUGGACCUGGACCGGGCCCGCAGGCGCCCGCGGCCCUGGCUCAGCAGCCUCGCCCUCAGCGCGCCCGCGCCCCGCGCCCCCGCCGCGCCCCGCGCCCCCAGGAGGCUCCUGGUGUUCCGGAAUGGCGACCCCAAGACCAGGCGCACGGUCCUCUUGACCAGGAGGGUCACCCAGAGCUUCGAGGCCUUUCUACAGCACCUGACAGUGGUCAUGCAGCGCCCGGUGAGCAAGCUGUACGCCACGGAUGGCAGGAAGGUUCCUAGCCUGCAGGCAGUGAUUUUGAGUUUGGGAGCUGUGGUGGCAGCAGGAAAAGAGCCAUUUAAACCAGGAAAUUAUGACGUCCAGAAGUACUUGCUUCCUGCUAGAUUACCAGGGAUCUCUCAUCGCGUGCGCAGGAAGGGAAAUGCUAAGCCGGAAAACAGAAAGAGUGUUAAAUGGAAAGUUUCCAUAGUCACUAGUGACUUUCCAAAUGCAGGGACCAGCUCACAGAUUUACAUUAUAUUAUAUGGACAUCAUAGAAGUUCAGCCCCCAUAUAUCUUUAUGGAACAGAUGGAGUUGGAUUUCAGAAUGGGCAUGAAGACAUCUUUACUCUCACAGUUGGAGACAUCGGAGUGCCAUUUAAGAUUCGUAUUGGCCACACUAAUUCUGGAUAUGCACCUUCCUGGCAUUGCAAGGAGAUACGGUUGCAGAACAUGAAUUGUGGAAAACAGUUUUACAUACCUGUUCAACGGUGGCUGGCCCGAGAUAAAGAGGAUGGGGAAAUCUGCCGAGAAUUUCCUCUCUUAAGUAAAGGACAGCCAGUCAUUCCAGUGACAGUAUAUGAAGUGUUUGUGGCAACAGGUGAAUUGUGGAAUGCUGGAACAGUAGCAAAUGUCUACAUUUCCAUCUAUGGGGAAAAGGGAGAUUCAGGAUCCAGACAACUACUUAGAUCAAAGAGCUCCUUUAAUUUUUUAAGAGGACAUACUGAUACCUUCCUCUUAGAAGCUGUACACCUUGGAAAUUUGUUCAAGAUUGUGAUAGGUCAUGAUGGACUUGGCCCAGGGAAUGGCUGGUUUCUUGAUGAUGUUGUGGUCAAAGAUCCAACCACAAACCAUGAGUAUGCCUUCUUCUGUCACAGAUGGCUGGAUCAAGGGGAGGAUGAUGGGAAACUUGUCAGAGAACUAUAUGCCAGGGAUAAUAGUAUCUUCUCUGCAAGGUGGAAACUAGAACAUAAGAGUAAAGAAACAUGGGUGGCCGAGAGCUGGAAGUUUACAAAAGGAAACACUCUACAGUUCUACAACAGGCUGACUGGAGGGUUUGUCCGUCUGCAUCCGGAUGGCACAGUUGAUGCUAUUGGAGAGAAGACAGACAAAUAUGGUCUCUUUGAUGUUAUCUUUAACAAAGGGAAUAUAUGUAGUUUUCGAAGUCAUGAGAUGAGACAUCUUUCUCUAGCUCUUGACAAUGGAUUUGCUGGCAGAGGCACCGCGACUGAACUGAGGGUGAUUUAUCAACACAGCCGCUGUGCACUUCUUGAGUCAGCACUGGUACCUGGUCACACACUAGUUUUUGAUCGCCAAGGCAGAAGAGCUGAAGAAUCAUCAGCAGGCUAUGCUGACCUUUCAAAAGAAUUUGUGAUUCUUGUCAAGGGAGUGUUCCUCAACAGUGCUGUAAUUCUACUGGCUACAAGCCUGUGUCAGGCCCUGUGUCUCCAGUCUGAUGGGACCUGCACUGGAGCAGGAAAACAGUCAGAAACAUCUUACUGGAAAGUGCAUAAAAUCAGUUCUGGGAUUUGCAUGUUUGAAAGUCUGAAGAACACACAGAUGUAUCUGAGGAUUAAGGAUGGCCUAUGUGAUGGAACAGGCACUGGAGGUACUGACUGUCACUUCAAAAUUAAGAAGAACUUGGAAGAUGCAUCUAUAAGCUUGGAAUCUGUGAAGAGCCCCGGGCUGUUUGUUGGACUUCAACCAGAUGGACAGGCAAAACCAGUUAUUUAUACCGAAGAAGAGAAUGUUUGCUUCUAUCCGCAAGUCAUCCAAUUUGGCAGAGAAAACCCAAUGGGAAUGUCUGCAACUCCCAUCCAAGGAGAAGAGAUCCAGAAGUCAGAGAACCAGAAGAAAAUGCUGCCCACAUCUGAGGUCAAAGGAUCUUUAACUACGUCAGCUACAAAACAAAUUCUGCCUUCCCAAACCAGUGAGACUGUUCUGUCAGAAGAUGAAUGGAAGGUGUCAGUGUUGACGGGAAAUACUGGGACUCAAGCCAAUGUCACACUCUGGGUAUACGGAGACGAAGGAGUCAUUGGACCGAUAAGUCUCAGCAAAGACAGCCCGGAACAGCUCUUCCUUCCAAGGCAGGAGGAUGAAUAUCAGGUUGAAAUCAAAAGCAUUGGAGAGAUAUAUAAGAUCAGAAUAGGACACGAUGGGACCAGCAGACAACCAGAGUGGAGUUUACAGAGGGUUACCAUGCAACAUAUGAAGAGCAAGAAGGUACUAGAUUUUGUAGCAAAUGUAUGGCUGUCUCAGAUCCAAGAAGAUGGAGACAUUGUCUGUGAGCUUCCUGUCAUGAAAGAAGGACAGCCUAUUUUCCCAUUAGUGAGAUAUCAAGUUGAUGUCUACACAGGCCAGUUGAAACAAGCAGAAACGGAAUCUGAGGUCUCUCUCUGUCUCUACGGGGAGAGGGGGGACUCUGGCCUUAGACUGCUGCACAAGUCCAACAUGCCAGUAAGAUUCCAAAGAGGACAGAUUGAUAAAUUUCAAGUAGAAGCAGUGUCACUUGGAAGGCUGCAGAAGGUGCUAUUGCGCUGUGAAGCCUGUGACGAAUCCCAGUACUGGUACUGUGAAAAGAUCGUAGUCAUGGAACCCGGUGCCUCCGCUGAGUACAUCUUCACCUGUGAAAGAUGGCUUCCCUUCAUGUCUGAGGGCAUAAUUCACUCAGAAAUUGAACUGUAUCAUCAAGGUGAGGAUCAAUGAAACCAUCAGGAGGAGAAAGUGCAAGAUGAUUUUGUUUCAUCUGGACUUCAUGGAAAAGGAGUCUUCAGUUGCCCCAGACUGUCUCCUUUGCUAGUUAUCUUUU